AUGAAGACCUCAUUCUUGACACUCUUUGCCUUUGGCGGGUUCCUCGCCACUACUAUUGCUAACCCCAUCGCUGCUGGUAGUGUUGUCGAGAAGCGCCAGGACCUUGACGCCAUCGAGACAAGUCUGGAGACGCUCUUCACUCAAGUCAAGGAGCAGACCGCCAAGAUCAACGAGACUCUGACUCCUAUUCCUGAUGCCGCGCCGGCGGCAGACGCAAAAUCUGCUGCUGAGAGCAUCGCUCCCCAGCUACAAGCCCUCGCGGACCUGUUCGAACAGGGCGCCACGAUUGGAAAGCGCGCCAUUCUUGAUGCCCGUCACGGCAAGGAAGACAUUUUCGCAACAGUCUCAAUCAUCUUGUGGGAGCUGCUAUUCACUGUCAAGUUUAUCCUCAUCAAGCUUGGCCUUGGUCCCGUCUUGUUUGACUUGAUCCCCGUGCUUCUUGCUACCGUUGGUCUUGUCAAGAGCCUCAACAUCCUCGUUGAUGGGUUGCUACUUAGCGUCAAGUUCAUUGUUGACGACCUUCUCUUUGCUGUUGGCCUUGGUCUCACUGGUCUCAUCUAG